AUGAGGGCAUACUACACCGGAGGAUGCAGAAUGCGCUGGACUAUGUUCAACAGUGGUGCACCUCUCAUGGACUCAGGAAGGCUCAGCUGGAAAAAGCACAUCACCAUGCAGACGAACAAAGUCAUAAUGACUUACUGGGCAUGCAGGAGGAUGUUUGGCAACACGUGGGGGCCUAGGCCCAGAAUCGUGAAAUGGAGCUACACGGCCAUAAUGCUCCCACAGCUUGCGUAUGCUGCUGUUGUCUGGUGGACGGCAAUGAACAAAGCCUGCCACAGGAAAACGGUAGACAGGACGGGCAGGCAUGCGAUGCUGGGAAUUACGGGGGCACUCAGGACGACCUCCACCUCAGCACUGGAGGCUCUGCUCUUUCUCCAGCCGCCCCACCUUCCCAUUAAGGAGGUGGCGCUGAUCUCGGCUGCGAGAUUACGACUGCAAGGUCGAUGGAAGGAGGCCAGUAGUGGUCAUGCGGCAAUGCUCACGGCGGACAGCGACCUUCGGGGACUGCUGUCCUGGGGAGGAGAUGCCUGCGGACCGCGAUGGCACCUCCAAAAGAGUUUUAAGGUCAACCUUGGAUAUGGGGCAACCCAACUAGGGAGUGACAGAAAGUGGACGCCACCGAAGGGGCUGGUCUGGGCCCUUGGAUUGGACCCGCAUACGACCGUGCUCCAAGCAGAGCUUGCAGCCCUGAAAGCCUGUGCCAGGGAAAUUCUAGGCAGGGGGGACAGCGGCGAGAAGAUAUACAUUUGCUCAGACAGCAGGCGUGCGUUGAGGGCACUGCUCAAGAAUGAGAGUUGCUCUCGAUUAGUCAACGACUGUACUGAGCUGAUGGAAAGGGUGGCUUCCCAUAAUCAGCUGGAAGUGGUCUGGAUUCCGGGCCACGCUGGCAUCUUCGGCAACAUGAAAGCCGACGAGCUGGCCAAAAGAGGUUGUCUAGAGGUUGCGCCAACAGAGGAGAACCCAGUGGGGGUGCACAUAGACUUCGUUAAGGAUAUGAUCUGGAAACGAGCGGAGAGGGGGGUUGUGGAAAGUGGUGGGAAACGUCUAGUCUCCUCAGACCUCUCUAGACCUUUUGGUAGCGGUGGUACCCGCAGAAUUUUCCUGUCUCCUGUGGACGUGAUGGAGAAGGUGGGAGAAUAUCGCAACUUGGCUCCAAGGUUGUCCGAUGGAAAAUUGGAGACCGAGGCGGCAAUCCGCAGCGUAGGUCUCCUGGGAUUCUCCAUGGAGACUCUGCGCUAA